AUGCUCUGUGUAGUGUUCGGUCUGUCUCUGCUUGACCGGACCAACAUUUCUGCAGCAUACAUCGCAGGCCUUGCGAAGGACCUGAGACUGGACAUUGGCGCGAGAUACUCGACUGCAUUGCUUGUCUUCUUUAUAGGCUAUGCGAUCUUCGAACUUCCCUCGAACUUUGUCAUACGGCGGUUUGGAGCACGCUACUGGCUCAGCUUUCUUAUCAUAGCCUGGGGUGCGUGUGUCUUGGGCAUGGGCUUUGUCCACAGUUGGAAGACUCUCACCGUCCUGAGAGCCUUGCUAGGUGUUUUCGAAGCUGGAUUAUUCCCUGGCGCCGUUUACAUCAUCGGAUCCUGGUAUCGUCAGUACGAGACGGCACGCAGAGUUUCGAUCUUCUACAUGGCUUCGUUGCUAGCCUCCGGUUUCGGUCCUAUAUUCGCUUAUGCCCUGUCUCUUAUCCAAGUUGGAAACGGCAUGUAUCGACAAGGCUGGAGAUGGAUCUUCAUUAUCGAAGGCAUCGCGACUGUAGUGGCUGGAUUCGUCGCGCCUUUCUUCCUGAUCGAUUUCCCAGAGAAAGCGCGUUUCUUGGAUGAACGACAGAAGCACAUUGCAACAGCGCGUGUUGCGCUCGGUAGGCGUAGCCACGAGUUCCAGCAUCCCACAGUCGGACAAACAUUCAAGAUGCUUAUGGAUUGGAAGAUAGGCGUCUACUGUAUUCAGUACUUCGUCGCCGCAUCUAGCGUUUAUUCUCUAGCCUACUUCCAACCCAUCAUCCUCCGACAAGGGAUGGGCUUCAGCUACGCCAAAGCCCAGUUGCUCUCCAGCCCUCCCUACGUCUUUGCAAUCUUUGCCAGUAUCUUGCUCGCCUGGGUCUCUGACAAAAUCCGCCUGCGCUGGCCCGUCCUCGUCUUCCAAUCUUUGACCGCUGUCGUUGGUCUCCUGAUCAUCCUCUAUGUUCACGCACCAGGCGUCCGUUACUUCGGUCUCUUCCUUGCCGUCUACGGGACACAAGCCAAUGUUCCGGGCACUUUGGCUUACGGCCAGAACCAGACCGCGAGAGUAGAGAAGCGAGGCAUCGUCUCUGCUGCGAUGAUUAGUAUCGGGGCUGCAGGUGGCAUCACUGGUAGCACCAUCUUCCGCUCGCAAGAUGCGCCAACCUACCUCCCUGGCAUGUGGUCAACCAUUUGUAUGCAGUUGCUUUACUCUCUUCUCACGUUCUCUAUGUCGAUGUACUUCAAGAAGCAGAACAAGCUGGCCGAUGAAGGCAAGAAGCCAGCUUUAGAGGGUGUUGAGGGCUUUAGAUAUGCGCCGUGA